AGAGAAACUCCUGCUGAAGCAGCUGAGAUCCACAUGACAUGUUAAAAGAUGGCUUUUAUUAAAGAGGAGAGUGAAGACAUGAGGAUUGAAGAAGCAUUCAGAGUAAAACAUGAAGAUACUGAGGAACAAACAGAAGAUACAUACAACAAGUGAGUGAUGCCUCGUGGUACCAUCAAAGAGGAAAAUCACAACAUUUUUGCUUACCGUUCCUGGCUGGUGGAAUGAUCUUCACACCCCCAUCCGAGGCAGGCACUGGUGCUUUCUCUUGGUAUGAGGCAGGCACUGGGGCUUCCAGACUGGACAUGGCAUGCAAUGGUGCUUCCUCUGGGGAACUGGUGGGAACAGGUGCUUCUCCAAGGGAUGAGACCUGAUGAUGCUGAAGGAGGAGAAUCACAAGCUUAAUGAAAUGGAGCAGAAAUAUCAGCAUGAGAGACAUCAUGAUUUUAUGACAGAAGAAAUAUCCAGAAAGACUGAAAAGACUUCCUCACAAAAAAGAGGUCAGAAGAAAGGAACUAAAAGGUAUUUCACCUGCCAAGAGUGUGGAAAGUGUUUUGAUCAAUUUGGAAAUCUUAAAGUACACAUGAGAAUUCACAAAGGAGAGAAACCUUUCACCUGCCAGCAGUGUGGAAAGAGUUUCAAUGAAAAAGGAAACCUUAAUGUCCACAUGAGAGUUCACACUGGAGAAAGGCCUUUCACCUGCCAACAAUGUGGAAAAAGCUUCUCUCAAAGAGGAAACCUUAAAGUCCACAUGAAAAUUCACACCGGUGUGAGCUCUUUUACUUGCCAACAGUGCGGAAAGUGUUUCACUGAAAAAGGAAACCUUAAGGUCCACAUGAGAAUUCACACCGGAGAGAGCUCUUUUAUCUGCCAACAGUGUGGAAAGAGUUUCACUCAAAAAGGAAACCUUAAAAAACACAUGAGGAUUCACACCGGAGAGAAGCCUUACACCUGCAAAUUAUGUGGGAAGGGCUUCACACGUGAACUAGGCCUUAGUUAUCACAUGAACAGUCACACUGGAGAAAAACCAUUCAUAUGUGGUCAAUGUGGAAAAAGUUUCACUCGUAAAGUGACCCUUGAUACCCACAUUAGAAUUCACACUGGAGAGAAGCCAUUCGUAUGUGGUCAGUGUGGAAAGAAUUUUAGAUGUAAAGAAAAUCUUAAUCAGCACAUGAGGAUUCACUCAAGGGAGAACUGUUUUAUAUGUCAUCAGUGUGGAAGGAGUUUCACACACAUGAAACGCCUUAAGAAUCAUUUAAUAACUCACACUGGAAAGAAGCCUUUUAUGUGCCAUCACUGUGGAAAGAGUUAUAUAAAUAAAAGAAAUCUUCAGACUCACAUGAGAAUUCAUUCUAGAAAGAGGUCUUUCACAUGUCUUCAGCAUAAGAAAAGUUUAAGAUAUGGAAGAGGCCUGAAACGUCAUUUACAAAUUCACUCUGGAGGAAAACUAUUUAAUUGCGAUCAGUGUAAUAAAAAAUUCCUGUUGCCAUUACACUUACAGAUACACUUGAAAAGCCAUGCAGUUGUGAGACCCUAUUUGUGUUUUUUGUGUGGAAAGCAUUUUAAAUGGCCCAGCAAUUUACUAUUGCACCAGAAAAUACGUGUCUGUGUAAAAUUAAGGCUACGCUCACACCACAGUUGAUGUGGGCCAAAUAUGAUUUUCUGUUUUUUUUGUGAAUCUGUUCACAACAGAUAAACGCCUAAACAAGUAAUGCUUCUACAACCACCACCCCAUUUUUCAACUCCGUUGUUGCUUCAUUUAUUUGCAUUAAACCUCCUUUUGCUUCACCAUUUUAUACUUUGAGGCUUCUUAUUUUUUUUCGUCUGUAUAAAAGCAUCACUCCAUUACUUAUAUUGAUACUUUUGAAUCAAAAUAAUAAUUAAACUGUCUUGUUGUGAAAUGCAUCAGUGAAAAUAAAUAUUAUAAAUAAAAGUUUCAAACUGAAUGAAAUAUUGGACAUUCCACUGCAUUAUAGGAUUAAUCUUUAGCGAGAUAAUGUAAAGUAAAAAAAUGGUUAAUUCUGUGUAAGAAUGUUUUAUAAAAAAAAAAAAUAUUAACAAAAUACAUGAAGAAAGCAGCUAAAAUAUUGAUGCUAUGGAUGAAAAUGUACUAAAAAUCCACCGAGUAAUCCAUUUUUUUAAAAAUCGAUUUAUAUAUGAAUUGCGAUUCUGUCUUCCAAUGAUUCUAAUGGAUUCACAAGUUUCAAAUGUAAUGUUCCAAAGCAGCGGUUCUUAAUCUUGUUCCUCGCAUCCCCCUGCUCUGCACAUGCUCUGCUCUGCAUCUCUCUCUCUCACCUGAUUCAGAUCAUUAGUUUGUCAGCUCCAACAAUGAACUGUGUUCCAAUUAUACACUUUAGCCCCUUUCACACAUACAAACUUUUCCGGAAAAUUACCGUUAAAUUAAUUCCGGCAAUUUACCAGUAUGAGAAGUUGUAAGAUUACCAGUAAAUUGCAAGAAUUCUGCUGUGUGUGAACACAGAAGAAAAAUUACCGGUAUAAGCCACACGAGUUCAGAACGUGGUGACGUAAGACAUCUACUCCAGGCCAAUCAUAACAAUCUGACGCAAAUGACGCAUUCAGUCCGCACUGUUGUGUAUUUGGAUAGUCAAACCAAAGUUUUAAAUGCUAAAACGGCUUGCGAUACAAAUGUCAUCCAACUGGAGUGACAGUGAAAUUAAAGCGCUUCUCCUUAUCCGGGCGGAUGAAGAAAUUUGUCGUCAUCUGAGAGGAACUGUUAGUAAUGCAGUAACGUAUGAUAAAAUAACUAACCGUCUCAGAGAGCAAGGCAUUCACAGGACAAAAAGUCAGGUCAUCAGUAAACUGAAAACAUUGUGCCUUAAAUAUCUGAAAAUAAACGAGAAUCACAAUCGAAGUGGUAGUGGAAGAAUUUCUAAGUCGUCUAUUACGAUGUUUCUGUUACAAAAAAAGCUUCAUGAAUGCGAAAGUUUGAAACAAAAAUUAAACCAUCAACAAAAAUACUGACCAGAUAUACUCCUCCAUGUUUACAAAUACAAGCGCAGCUGUUUAGAGGUUGAUGAUGUCACAGAAUUUACCAGUAUUUUGCAAUGGAUUAGUGAAUGUUGCUUUUCCGGAAAAAAGACGGAUUGUCAUUGACCGUGUGAACAGCGCAUUUUUGAAUUUACCGUAAAGUCGUUCCCGUAAUUUUACGGAAAUUUACUGGUAUUACUGUGUGAAAGGGGCUCUUGUGUAUAGACAGACAGAUAUUUCUCACAUAGCUAUGAGCUACUGUGGUUGCACUGGUAACAAGCAAUACAUGCUGUCAAAAAUGAUACAACGCAAUCAUGUAUUCUGCAAUAUCAAAGCUUUAAUCAGGAUAAAACCAUAUAUUAGAAGCUAACAUAAGCAGUUGCAUUUACAAGUAACAGCAUAUUUAAAAGUAUGAGACAAUAACAAAUAUAAAACAUACCAUUCUGAAAUGUCCUGUAAGAGACGUGUUAUGGCAUUAUUUCCCUGUCAAAUGUCGAGAGCGCAUUAAUGUAGCGCGAAAGAACAUUAAUAUAAUGCGCGAGCGCGAAUCUCACUGCUCGCGCGCCGUGGAAUAUAAUGUGCGGAGCGCGAAUCUCUC